UUGUUAUCCCUACGUUUCACAGAUUGUCUUGCAGGGAAUUGCUUUGGUAAAUGUUGCCUUAAAGUGAAAUUUGUUGCAGUUGGUGGCGCAUCGGAGGCUGGAUUUGAGAUAUUUCUCGACAAAAGCCGUUUACGUACGCCAGGUGGGAAUAUCUUCAGCGUUCCACACGAGGGCUUGGCUCUUGCGGUUGCUAAUGAAUGGGCAUCGCAAAAGGAGCAUAUCGAGCGCUUCACCCUACCCUUGGUUAGGUCGAUCUCUGAUACAACCAUUUGUAACCACGUGAUCGACAAUCCAACCGAAAGAUCCAAUGAGGUAAUUGUCAAUGGAAUAAUGGACUAUGCUGACACGGACACAAUUUGUUACAGAAUCGAGACGCCGGAAGAGCUUUUUGCCGAACAGGAGUCUCAGUGGGGCAUGGUUCUUGAUAUUAUUGAAAGUCGAUAUCAUUUCCGUCCUCCUGUCACUACUGGUUUCUCUGUCACUCCAAUUGCGAAAGAAUCACGGGACUUUAUCAGUCGACACCUCCUCUCCUUCAAUCGGUGGGGGCUCACGUGUGUGGAGAAUUUGAAGUCGCUGUGGUUGACCUUGGCGAUGGUUGAUGGUUUUCUGACUGCUCAGCGUGCCGUGGAGCUCUCCCGAUUGGAGCAAAAGUUCCAAGAGGGACGAUGGGGCUCCGUGGAGUGGUUCCACGAGGUGGACGAGGUGGAGGUGAACAAAAAUGUCGCCGCUGGUUUGUUGGUUAUCCUGGUUAGCCACGCGCGGCGCUCUAUUAAGCAGAAGUCUGCAUGA